CAUAAUAACCCGGCACACAGUCACUGAAGUACGGCAGCCUGCUGGAGCUCUCUGCGGCUCUGAGAGUCACUGACCUGCUCGGACUGAGAGGAAAGUUAGAGGGAAAACCUCCUGGAGAUCUACCUGCUGCUACAGGAGGCUCUGAAGGGGAACCACCUGCCCGGAGGCGACAGUAGGACCCCACGUCCACCUGGAUUAACAUGUAGAGCCCACGUGAAUGAACGCCAGUGGUAGAAACUCAAGAAAGGAGGGAAAAAAUCUCUUUUUCCACUUAAGUCAAGAAAAUCUCCUUUUUAACACCCUUGCAGACAAAACUGGUGCGAUUUUUUCGUCUAAGGAGGAUUAAAAACAGAAGAGUUUGGAUGUGAGAUCUGAGAGCGAGAAAGAGUUGGUCAACAUUGUCAAAGAAAAAGCAGAGGAGAGAGAGAGAGAGAGAGAGACAUAUGGAUGUUAUUGGGGCUGAGAUCCGAGUGUUGGAGCCUGCAGCUGGGAUGCACUGCGCAUCUGCGCCGCGACGUUUCUCACCAUGAUACUGAAACAAAGCUGCACCUGACCACCAGUAAUACCUGAAGCCAAUCCAGCAGGAUCCACCAUGGCCUCUUUACUGACGAGGAAGCUGAGUCUGUUCCCGGCCCUGACCUUUGUCCUGCUGCUGGUCGCUCCUGUCGGCCUGUCGUCCUCUCAGAGUUCCUGGAUUUCUGCCUGGGGUCCAUCUGGUGAGGCGUCAUCAUCAGGUCGUCUGACCAGAGCUCGACGGCAGCUGCACUAUAGGAACGAGUGGGCGACGUGGAGCGGCUGGUCCGUGUGCUCACGGAGCUGUGGGAGUGGAGCCUCUGUGAGGACACGCACCUGUAUCACCAGAAACCCAGUGGGUGGACCGUGUGCUGGAGAUCCCCGACAAUACAAGAUCUGCAACACCAAGGAGUGUCCAUCUAACUCAGAGGACUUCAGAGAGAUGCAGUGUGCUGCCUUCAAUGACCGCCCACUUGUGGCUGGAACCUCCUUUAAAUGGACAACCUUUCAUGGAGGCUCUAACCCAUGCGAACUGAGCUGCCUGGCCCUGGGUCACAACUUCUACUACAACUUUGGCCGAGUGCUUGACGGCACGGCCUGUGACAAGGAGCCUGGAGCAGUCUGUGUCAACGGACGCUGCCUGAAGCCCGGUUGUGACUCCAUCUUGGGUUCGAAGCAGCAGGAGGACGCCUGCAUGGUGUGUGGAGGACAAAACACCACCUGUCUGCACCACAAGAGCGUGUACCAGAGCAACGGGCUGGAAGCAGCUGGACCUUUUGGAUACAACGAAGUGGCCAUGAUCCCGGCUGGAGCCACUCACAUCCGAGUCACAGACAACAGCCGGAGCUAUCUGGCCCUCCAGAAUGGUCGCUCUCAGUUCGUCAUUAAUGGUAACUGGAAGAUCAGCAUUCCAGGAGAAUACAGCGUAGCGGGAACGAAGCUGCUAUACAGACGCUCUGCAGACACUUGGGAGAGCUUUGAGGUACCUGGGCCGACUAAGGAGGACCUCCAUCUGAUGGUGCUGGCCACAGACAGAAACACCGGGAUCGAGUACGAGUACUGGCUGCCUCCGGACCAGUAUGCUCUGUACCAUGGGAGGAGGAGUCCGCUACGUCAGGCUCACCACACGGCCAACUACCUCCCUUGGGAUCAACCACCCACUGCAACCACCCCCACACCCACUACAACCAGCACCCGACCCCCUGUUGUCAGCACCUGGCCACCCUGGUAUAUCAGGCCUGUGAAGCCUCCACGCAGAUCUCCUCAUCACAGCCGGCACCCACGGCCUCAUCAGCCCGUCCUGCCUCGCCUGGAGCGCGAGGAUAACCACAGAAACCUGCUUCCUCAGCCCUCACCUGGAAAGCAUUGUGGAAAAUGUCCACGAGUUAAAGGACGGAGGGAGCGUCAGAGACAGUACUGCCAGAAAGACUUUGUUUUCCGCGGUAAGGUCCUGGGGAAACUGUACCGAGGCGAGGAGACGCGCUAUGAUGUCCAGAUCAUCCACACGUACAGAAACAGCUACCGCCUGGAGCACCGGGAGUUCCUGUGGGUCCCCAACGUGUGUGACUGCCCCCACCUGGAGGAGGGCCGGCAGUACAUCCUGAUGGUUCGCCGCCACAUUAACUAUGAGCACACGCUGAACCGCAUCCUACUUGAGGAGAACAGCUACGUUGUGCCAUACAGACCCAGAGAGGACGAGCUGCUGCGACCGCUCGAAAGACUCUGCAGCAACCGAGGGCCAAGACAGCGAGCAGACCUGAGGGGCUGAGAGACAAAAUAUGUGUGGGUCAGAGAUUAAAGCUCUCACCAGGGCUUUAUCUACCCACAGAGUUUCUUUUCUGAUAAAUUCCAGUGAGGCAGAACUUCAGAAAAUAUCUGGAUCAUGGAAAGACGGUUUCAGCCUCAUUUUGAACCAAAAAGACUCGACGUUUAUUUAAAAGCCAGAGCAGCUGACUGUACCAUAGAGAGCACUUUAGGUGGAGCUCCUGCUCACCUUUAAACACAUACCAAAGAGAAGAACAUGGACUGAAAUGACCUUUUUGUUGUUGAUGUUUUUACACUCCUGUAAUGUAUGUAAUUGUGUAUUUUUGUGUGUUUGAACUAAAAGGAAAAAUCCAUCUCAGAACUUCCAGGCAGAUAUUUCCAUCCCAUUAAACCCUUCAGCUUACUCUGUCAGAUUAACCACAAAGGUUAACGAUACAGCUCAUCAUAUCUGUCCAAUUAAAGUAAGACAGACAUAUAAGCAUGUAAAUACCAUGAUUUGUGGUAGAAGGAACAGUUCUACAAAACAUUCUGCUGCACUGAAGGUUUCCAAGAGCACAGUGGCCUUCACAGUUCUCAAGUGGAAGAAGUUUGGCACAACUAGGACUCUUCCUAGAGUUGGUCUUCUGGCCAAACUGAGCAGUCGGGGGGAGAAGGGCCUUAGUAAGAGAGGUGGCCGAAAAACCUGAUGGUCCAGCUCCAGAGAUCCUGAGUGGGGAUGGGACAAUGUUCCAGAAGGACAACUAUCACUGCAGCCCUGUGCACUGAGGAGAGGCUUCCAUCUAGCCACUCUGCCAUAAAGCCCAGAUCAGUGGAGUGCAGCAGUGAUAAUUGUCCCUCCUGAAAGAAAACCAUCACUGCAGCCCUCCAUGGGUCUGGGCUUUAUGGCAAAGUGGCAAGACAGAAGCCUCUCCUCAGUGAAAAAACACAUGAAAGCAUAUUUGGAGUUUGCAAAAAACUCCAUGUGAAAACCAUUCAUACAUGACACGUGUUACUGGAGGACACUACUAGUGGAUAUGCAAGAGUUCAGCUGUUAUACUACCUGAUGUGAGGGAUGUAAACUACAAACAUGUAAACACCCAAGGAGGUUACUAUGAUAUUAAUUCUGAGAUCAGAACCAAAAUAAUAUAAACAUCAAAAAUCGGUAGUAUCAUCAGAUCAGCUCAGACUGAAGACAGCUGGUCAGAGAACACUGUCUGAACUUGUUUCUACAACGUUGCCCUCCGCUUAUAGUCCUGGUGUCUUGGUUUAAUUAGUUAUCGUGUUAACUGGUGACCUUCGAUCUUCGUUACAGCAGCUGAUGAAAACAGAAAGAAUCUCUCUAUUUAGGUUUUCAUUUUAACGUCAGUCUGUCCUCACUAGACAUGUAUUUAUUAAAAACUGAAACUUAUAACACAGUUGUUUUCACGUACACUUGUUAAAGUGUACGUGAAA